CACAUUCAUAAUCAGUUGUGGCAGUUUCUCCACCUCAGAACUUUUCAACCUUCUUAGCUCCUUAUCUUUUCUUGCAUUCCAAGUUUCCAACUCUCUGAAUGUACAUUUAAUAUCAUUACUUUCUAAAUCAUUUCUGCAUCCACUUCUUCUUCUUUGCUUUCUCUAGUCUUCAACAAUGGCAGCAGAGUACUCAGGCAAGAGGAAUUCCAAUACUCAGAUCUUGGAAGAACUUGAGGCACUCAGCCAAUCACUCUACCAAUCACAUACUUCCACCACCAGAAGAACUGCCUCCCUUGCUCUUCCUCGAAGUUCUGUUCCUUCAGUCCCAUCUGCUGAUGAGAUUGGCAUAGUUAAGGUUGAGGAACAAUCCAAGAAUAACAAAUCACGAAGACGUAUGUCCUUGUCUCCAUGGCGUUCCCGGCCAAAGCUUGAUGAUGAAAGCGAGCAUAAGGAUAGUGUUAAGAUAGCAAAUCAGCCAGAGGUCAAAAGGUUGGAUGAAAGAACAACUUCUUCAGCAGAGAAGAAGGGAAUUUGGAAUUGGAAGCCAAUACGAGCUCUCUCCCAUAUUGGAAAGCAUAAAUUGAGCUGCUUGUUUUCUGUUGAAGUUGUCACUGUCCAAGGCCUUCCAGCUUCAAUGAAUGGCCUUCGGCUCUCUGUAUGUGUCAGAAAGAAGGAAACAAAGGAUGGAGCUGUUCAUACCAUGCCUUCAAGAGUUUCACAAGGAGCUGCUGAUUUUGAAGAGACCUUAUUUGUCAGGUGCCAUGUAUAUUGCAGUUCGGGAAGUGGAAAGCAGCAGCUUCAAUUCGAGCCGCGUCCAUUUUGGAUAUAUGUGUUUGCUGUUGAUGCUGCAGAGCUUGAUUUUGGAAGAAGUUCAGUGGAUUUGAGUCAACUUAUUGAGGAAUCUGUGGAGAAGAGCUAUGAAGGUACAAGAGUUCGGCAGUGGGACACAAGUUUCAAUCUAUCGGGAAAGGCAAAAGGAGGAGAAGUACUUUUGAAACUGGGGUUCCAGAUUAUGGAGAAAGAUGGAGAAAUUGGAAUCUAUAGGAAGGCUGAGGAAUUGAGGUCAGAUAAAUCUAAAAUUUUCUCAUCUUCUUUUGCCAGAAAUCAGUCAAAAAUAUCCUUUAGUGUCCCUAGUCCAAAGAUGUCAAGCCGAAAGGAAGCUUGGAGUCCUUCACAGACAGGAGCAACAAGAAGAGAUCUUCAAGGAAUUGAUGACUUGAAUCUUGAUGAGCCAGCCCCAGCCCCAGCUCCAGCUUCAGCUUCAGCUCCAUCAUCCACUCCCUCUAUUCCAAAGAAGGAAGAGCCAGAAACAAAGAUAGAAGAUCUUGACCUCCCUGACUUUGAAGUUGUGGAUAAAGGAGUUGAGGUUCAAGAAAAAGAGGAGGAUGCAGAAGGUCAAUCUGAAAAAUCAGUUGAAGAAAGAUCAGUGUCAAGUGAGGUAGUCAAAGAAGUUGUGCAUGAUCAAGUACAUCUCACAAGAUUAACUGAGCUUGAUUCGAUUGCUCAACAAAUAAAAGCUCUUGAGUCUAUGAUGGGAGACGAAAAAAUUGUCAAAACGGAGGAAGAAACUGAAUCACCAAGACUGGAUGCAGAUGAAGAAAACGUGACAAGGGAAUUUCUCCAGAUGCUUGAGGAAGAAGAAGCUAAGCCAUAUAAAUUAAAUCAACCUGAAUUUCCACCUCUCCAGCUUGAAGGAACCGAGGAUUCAACAGAAUCUGAAUCCAAUGUGUACCUCCCAGACCUUGGUAAGGGCUUAGGCUGUGUAGUCCAAACCAGGAAUGGGGGCUACUUAGCUGCCAUGAAUCCUUUAGAUACUACAGUUGCAAGGAAAGAUGAUCCAAAGCUAGCCAUGCAAAUAUCAAAACCAUUUGUCCUACCAUCACAUCAAUCUGUAACUGGGUUUGAAUUGUUUCAGAAAAUGGCAGCUAUGGGGCUAGAGGAACUCAGCUCACAAGUUUUGUCUUUGAUGCCCAUGGAUGAACUGCUAGGAAAAACUGCAGAACAGAUAGCCUUUGAAGGCAUUGCUUCUGCAAUAAUCCAAGGGAGAAACAGAGAAGGUGCUAGCUCAAGUGCUGCUCGUACAAUUGCUGCAGUAAAACUCAUAGCAACUGCAAUGAGUACAGGCAGGAAAGAGAGAAUUUCAACAGGAAUUUGGAAUGUGAAUGAAGAACCAUUGACUGCAGAGGAAGUUCUGGCAUUCUCCAUGCAGAAAAUUGAGGCCAUGGCAGUUGAAGCCUUAAAAAUUCAGGCUGAUAUGGUUGAGGAAGAAGCCCCAUUUUAUGUUUCUGCACUCAAUAGCAAGACUGUUGGAAGUGGUGGAAAUGAUCAGAGUCACCCCCUGGCUUCUGCUGUUCCACUUGAGGAUUGGAUAAAAAACUAUAGCUUGGCUACUCCUGAAAGUGAGCCAGGGGAUCCAUCAGAUAUCACAAUAGCAGUGGUUGUCCAGUUGCGGGAUCCAAUAAGGAGAUAUGAGGCAGUCGGAGGACCUGUGAUAGCACUUGUUCAUGCCACAGGUACUAACAUCCCAGUGGAUAAGUAUGAAGAUGAAAAGAAAUUCAAAAUAAUGAGUUUACAUGUUGGAGGCUUGAAGGUUAGGACGAGUGGGAAAAGACAUGUGUGGGAUACUGAGAAGCUGAGGCUGACUGCAAUGCAGUGGCUGGUUGCAUAUGGUUUGGGAAAGGCAGGGAAAAAAGGAAAACAUGUGCUGGUAAAGGGGCAAGAUUUGUUUUGGAGCAUUUCCUCACGAGUAAUGGCUGACAUGUGGCUCAAACCAAUCAGAAAUCCAGACGUAAGGUUUGCAAAGUAGGAAGUCUUUCUUGUUGAGGCCGCAUUUAUAAAGUAAAUUCAUUUCAUAGUUAAUGCCAUACUAGUAGCAUUACUUUUUAUCCAAAUUAUAGAUUUUACAGAUUACAAAGUAUGAAAUUUGAUGCAGUUGUGAGUUGUAUUAUAUUGAAAGCAUCGUUUGGUUGGAUU